AUGUUGGCUGCUGUCCGUCUGUCGAUCCUGCAGAGCCUGCAGUCUUCUUACCGAGCACCAGGGGAAGAAUGUCCUGCAGGAACGGAGACCGAGGCUAGCAGUCCGCGGUCCCCGAGAGCCACCCGCAGCGCAAUGCUGAGCCUGGACGCCCGGCUGGGAGGGGACACGCGCCUCUGCGCCAAGGUGCUCUUCACUGCGCUGUACUCGCUCACCUUUGCUCUGCGCACGGCGGGGAAUGCGCUGUCCGGCCACGUGGUGCUGAAGGUGCUGGCCAGACCCCGGGUCGCCUGCACUAACGUGCUCAGCCUGGCGCUCCCCGUCCUGUGGCUGCUGCUGCUGGUCAGUUUCCCUAUGGAGCUCCACAGCCUCGUGUUGUUCCACUACCCCAGGGUCUUCGGCGACCCGGGCUGCCGCGGUUGGUACUUCGUGCGCCAGCUGUGCGUCGACGACACGGUCGUCAGUGUGGCCAGCCUGAGCGCCGAGCACUGCCCGGCUGUGGGCCGACCCCUGCGCGCCCGCCGCCUGCUGACACGCAGGCCCCGGAGCCUGCUCUUGCUGGUCUGGGUCCCCUCGCUUGGCCUCGCCCUGCCCAUAGCAGUCAUCAUGGGGCAGAAGCACGAGCUGGAGACGGUGAGCGAGGAGUCGGAGACCGCCUCGCGCGUGUGCUCCGUGCUAGUGAGCCACAUCAGGCUCCAAGUCUUCAUCCAGGUGAAUGUACUGGUGCCCUUUGUGCUCCCCUUGGCUCUAAGCUUCCUGAACAGGGUCACUGUGAACCACCUGGUGUCCCUCUGCUCCCAGAUGCCAUCCACUUCUGCCCCAGAUGACUCUGCCCCCCACCGCCUGGAGCUAAUGAGCAAAGAGGGUCUCUCUCGCUUCAGCACUUGGAGGAAGAUGCUUUCCCUGACGGGCCAGGCCACAGUGAGAUGCAAGGAAUCCAGCCAGAUCCAUGGCCUCCAGCACAGCAUCCAGAUUCUUAGAACCAUCAUGGCUGCGUAUGUUGUGUGCUGACUGCUGCACCAUGCCUACAGGCUCAUGUACUGCUACAUCACUGAUGACAGGUGGACCGACACAGUCUAUGAUUUCUAUCACUACUUCUGCAUGGUGACUAAUAUGCUUUUCUAUGUCACUUCAGCAGUGACCCCUGUCCUCUACAACACUGUGUCCUCCUCCUUCAGAAAACUCUUCCUGGAAUCAGUCAGCUCCCUCUGUUGA